AUGCCUGCGUCAGGCCAGCCCCCUACGAAGGAAGAAUGCGCUAAACAUGGGCCUAACACUACGUGCCACCGGAACAUCGCCUUCGUGUGCGGCUCGGAUGGCCAAAGCUACGACAACCACUGCGAAUUUCUAAUUGCUGCAUGCGCCUCCAACUCCCACCUGUCCUUACAUGCCCGUGGGCACUGCGACGACAUACGCCCGACGACGGAUGAAUGCGAUCGUAUCGGACCUCUAUGUCCCCGCAUUUACAUCCCCGUGUGCGGCUCGGAUGGACGAAACCACGGCAACUCCUGCGAAUUUCAAAUCCGUCAAU